AUGGUCACCCACGAUACACUCGGUGUCAUGGCCGAGUUCCUCGACGACAUUUCACGCGCAGGCCCGCACGUUGCUGUCCUAGCCUUGGAUAACACCCGGACACACCAACGCGUCAUGCACGUCCGCGCGCCCGAGUGUUAUUCCAACAAGGUUCUCAAGGUCACCGUCGAGCUACAGGGCAAAUACCCGCUCGAGCCGCCAAAGUUCUUCCUCGACCCCGUCCCGUUCCACCCCAACGUCGCAGUCGAUGGAAGGAUGUCACUCUACAUACCAAAAGGCGAGCACGUCUGGGACCCCACCAUGUCACUGUUUGAAAUGGGCCUCCAAGUGCGCACCGUCCUCGCCACCGUCAUCGGUCACCGUGCCCCGGCGCACCGUGCGAGCUUGCUCAACCUCGACGCGCUCAAUGCCAGCAAGAAACUGGGGGGAAACAGCACCAAGGCAAUGCGCCAACUGGCGUACUCCCGGCAACAGUUUGACAGCGUCGCUGCGGCGGGCUUUGACAUGCCGACAAUGGGACUCAUGACCCCGCCGCUGACCGGCGAGACGGCACACACGGUGAUGAAGAAGCUGCGCACGCACAAGAUGAUGCGUAUUUUCCACGUUGGCAAGCCUCUGGAGCCUUACGAAGUGAGGGACCUGGUGCAGAGGAUCGAGCUGGGGGCCAUGGACAAGGACGAGGAAGGCUGGACGAAGCAGGCUCCUGCCGCUCUUCCUGCAACAGGUCCAAUGGGGAACGUUGCCGGGAUGAUGAUCAUGUCGUUGGCCCAGAGCUUUGCGCUUCCCCAGCCCCAACCUUCUUCGACCUCGACAUACACUCCCAGUGCCGCGACGGCGUCCACGGGACCGUACAUUGCGACACCUACAGCUGUCGCCAAUUCGACUUAUCCCACCACACCGCCGUCCACGAUUGCCACACCAGUGCCUCCAUCAAGCACACCCCGGUCCAACCCUUCGACCUCGCUCACGAUCGACACCCAGGCUUCUCCAACGAGACCGAAGGCCUCUCCCACAAAGCCCAGGAGGUCUCCAACAAAGCCCAGGGCGUCUGCAACAAAGACUAAGACUACGACCAAAGCAAAGUCGCCGGCCAAGACCAAAGCUGCGACCGAGACGCCGACAUCAGCCAAGCCGAGGAAGCGGAGCAAGGUCGCAGACGACGAUUACGAGGGUGGCAAUGAGCCAGUUGUGGACACUUGA